AUGGACUUUACACAGGAUCAAGACUUCGAUCCGCACGCCUCUUUUCUAGCCGUCCCCACGCCGGUUUAUGAAGUGCCCGCCGCCUCAGCUCAGUCAAGCGGAAGUGGAUUUCCGCGGUUUACGGAUGGUGAAAUAGAGCAACAACGCCAGCAGCGAGCCGCCGAAUUCGAUCGUCUCGUCGACAAGGCCGGCCUCCAGAAGCCCGCGCCCACGCCCGGAUUCAAGGUGCCGAAGCCGUUCGGAUCGGGCGCCGCCUCAAGCUCGGCCGCUUCAAUUCCGCACACGGCCACCGUUGUGGGCACCUCGGCAGAGCCGGCUCAUCCGUUCACCGCCGUUCCUUUGCCCCGUACCCGUAUGUCGUGCUCGCAUUUCCUGGAAUAUGGCCUUUUAGAAGCCGUUGGCGAAGAUGGGGAACGAUUGCCGCGCAAGAAACGGGAAGAUAUGACAGCUGAAGAGCGGCAACUUGACAAUCAACUUCGCAAAGAGGCGCGGAAACGCACAAUCAUGGAAAGGACGAAGGAUCGGAUUGCCAAUGGCGAAGUCAUCCCCACUCAGGAUCCACAUGCCCAUCGCGAGAAUCAUGUCAAGACGGGACCGCUCGUUCAGAUCACCUCCAAAUUGCCCGAGGAAGCUCGUCUCCGCAAACGGGCCCAGGACAGGGAUCGGUUGAAGCGCCGGGCCGCCGAACGAGCUGCAGCCGUCCAGGGCCGGCCCCUCGAAGAAGUUAUGAGGGAGCGAGGGCUCGAACCCCGUGCAAGCACCCAGCCGCCCGCAUUCAAACUCUUCCAAGUCGGCGACGGUCAAGCCCCCAAGCCCAUUCAAAGCCAGCCGCGCGCCCAAGGGUCCCAAAUUCCGAAGGGUGGCGGAAAUGCGAACGGCGGCUUCCCGCGUGGCCCCGACGGCAAGAUCAUUCGCGGCGAGCGAGGCGGAAGGGGCACAGCCAAGAAGGGAAUACCGCCCGGUGGGGGAACACCAAAGAAGGGUCGCGGAGGCGGAGGUGGCCGCGGAGGAGGUCGAGGAGGUGGCCAAGGUGGAUUGGGAGGCGAUUGGAAGGGACGCGAGGGCUGGGAACGUAACCGCGUACCGCCGCCGCCGCAUUUGCGCACGAACUCGCAGCCGGAUACGUAUCUCGAUCAGGGCUAUGAAAGCCGUCACCAGCGUCGCCCGCAAAAUUACGGGCCUCCUCCGCCUCGGCACCGCGACUACAGCCAUGACUACAGCCACGACUACAGCUACGAUUAUGACUACGACUAUGGACACGGCGGUUACGGCGGAACUUACGACGACUACUACGGCCCGCCUCAGCCCAAGCGCCCGGCACACCCAUAUCCGCCGGCUGGCCCUGCUGCUGGCGGCGACGACGAGGUGGUCGUGAUGAGGAAGGGCGAGCUGCAGGCCAUCCUUGACCGCGAGCGUGCACGCGCCCAACAGCAGAACUUGUCAAUAGGACACUCGGUCCCCGGGCCUCAGGAAAAGCCCGGGGACCGAGUGUACCGUCGUGUUUCAGCUCCAGCGGGCCCAUCCGCUUCGGCGCCUUCGGACCAAGUGGACAGUGCGGCCGCCAAGCUGCUGCUCGAUCUGCUGCGUACGAAGGCCAAGGAAGACUCGUCUGAAGACCAGCGACGUCGCGAAGAAGAGCGGCGCCGGGAGGAGGAGCGUCGCCGCGAGGAGGAGCGCCGCAACUUUUCCGAUGAUCGUGGUGCGGCCGCGGUGCUGAUGGAGCUGCUGCGCUCUCGACAAAACAACACGGCGUCCGUUUCGUCGAGCAACAGCGGCGGCUACUCGCGCACAACGAUCACCACCAUCGAGACGACGCACCCACCUGGGGAAUUUAUGGAGCCUCGAGGGAAUUAUCAAGCCCUUCCCCCACUGCCACGUAGAUCAUCACCCGGGCGCGUCGUCAUCGAGGAGGUUUUCGAUUCGCCGCCCAGAAAGGAUACUAGCUCUAAAUGCGUCGUGGAAGAGAUUGUCGAGGAACCGGCUGCUGCGAAGUCUGUUCCGGGGGCUGCGAAGCUGCCAGAACCUGAGCCAGCCGCAUCUACCCAGUCGGCAAACGACGCCGACAUUAUGGCGGAGGUGAUGCGCAAGAUGAAAAAGAUCAAGGAGAUGCGCAGGAUCGAGGAAGACAAACCGUUCUCCUACGACGACUUCAAGCCUCAGCCGGCCGCCCCCGCAGCAGCAAGCAGUUCGGGCCUAACCACAACGGUCGUCCGCGUCAACCAUGAACCAGAGCGGCCUCGUUUCGGACUGUCUAACGACCCAUACUCUCGCUACGCGCCCCAAGCCUACGCUGCACAAGCCCCCGGCUACCCCGCAGCUGCCCCACCGCCUGUUCAGCCAGUUCCCCCGCCGCCCUUCUACGCCAACAACGGACCCGCGGGCCCGCCCGGCGGAUAUGGUGGACCCUCGGGUUUUCGGACUCCCGCCGCUGCCGGCCACUACGCUCCUCUCCCCACACAGGGAAACGUCUUCAUUCCCGGCAAUCAGGCACCGUAUCGUCAGAACUAUGAUCCGCCGCCUCGCCACUUCUUC